GUGAAAAAUAGGGAUGCCAUCGAAAACAGGAUGGAAAACAAAAUCUGUUUCUCGUCAAAAAUUUCCACGGGAAUGGGAGGGACUCCCCGGAAUCAUGAGGUCCCGUUUACAUCCCUAUCUAUGGAGAACACCUUGAAGGUGUCAGUUGAGAAUACAAAUGCUCUGAGGGGAGGAUCUUACAAAGUUGGUGCAGAUCAUCAGCACCGGAAAGUUUUCCCUGCCGGUGAUCACCGAAACUUCCCAAGAAUAGACGCAGCAACCAAUUUCCACUCAUCAGACCUGUUGUACGGUAAGAUUCCCCGAAAGCCCAAACACUACCUCCAAUUUUUGGAUCUAUCAACAACUAUGGUACGUAGGGGUGCAAUGCCUAGGAAAGGCAAGCAUAAAGGGGUGGCAUAUGUGCUGAUUUAGCCUUAAAUUAUGCACGAAGGGUGGGUGCUAUGGGGUGAUGGUUCUUGGUGACUGAUGGCAGACAUUGGGUGUGGGGAUGCGUGGGGGAAAGCUGGGUGGGCGUUGAUGUUUUAAUGAUGGUGAGGCGAAUGGUUAACUCCUUCCUCUGUCGACUGGCUUGGUGGAGAUGAUGGUGGCAAGGCGUGCGGUCCAGAUAGCUGGUGCUAGGAUACAAGAGAGCUAGGGUGGGCAAUGGUCUUUGUGAAUCUCUCAUUUUGAGGAUAGAGAUGAUUAAAGGGGAAAGUUGACU